UUAUAAAAUAUUCAAGAUGAAUACUGACCUGGGAUCAUCAUAUUGACAUAAUUUAAAGUAGUCUACAUCCCGAUGUAAUCAAGAUUGCGCGUAAAAAAAAAAACAUUCCUUAAGUUCAUGAGUUAUAUAGUAACUCACUUUAACUGUUAAAUUUACUUUUGCUAACUUAAGAUGACAUCUACAUAAUUUACAGUAACUCUUGAGUUUUCAUGUUACUAAUUCGCGCGCAACAGGGACCAUCUGUUGCAUGUGUUGCAUCUCCAUGGUACCGGGCAUAGCGCUCGAGAUUACUGUGCCAGUCAGUUUUUAUUGUUACAGCUCGCGAGUGCGCAGGCGCCAACCAGGGGAGCGCGGAGUCUGCAGAACUGCGAGCGCUCCGUGGUGCAAAGGACCCAUACCAGUCAGGCACGGCGCAGCGUUACCAUGAUCUUCUCCAUCCCAUCGAUACAUUCCCAUCCCGCCCGCAUCACUUUAACGUCCAGCUUCCAGCAAGUCCGCGAGCCUGACCGACGCUGCCCUGCCGCAGAAUGCACGGGGGAAAAAGAGGACUGGUGGCACCACAGAACACUUUUUUGGAAAAUAUUGUCCGUCGCUCAAGUGAGACAAGUUUCUUGUUGGGGAAUGCGCAAAUCGUGGAAUGGCCUAUAGUUUACAGUAAUGACGGAUUCUGCAAGCUGUCUGGUUACCACAGGGCAGAGGUCAUGCAGAAGAGCAGCACCUGCAGUUUCAUGUACGGCGAGCUGACAGACAAGAAGACAAUAGACAAAGUCAGACAGACCUUUGAUAACUAUGAGUCCAAUUGCUUUGAAGUGCUCCUCUAUAAGAAGAACAGAACCCCUGUGUGGCUCUACAUGCAGGUAGCCCCCAUCAGGAAUGAGAAUGAUAAGGUGGUCCUGUUCCUCUGCACUUUUAAGGACAUCACUGUCUUCAAGCAGCCCAUUGAAGAUGAGACCACCAGAGGAUGGACCAAGUUUGCCAGGUUGACCAGGGCAUUAACCAACAGCCGGAGUACACUUCAGCAGCUCACACCUAUGAACAAGACUGAGGUCAGCCACAAGCAUUCACGACUGGCAGAGGCUCUUCAGCUGGGCUCUGACAUCCUCCCUCAAUACAAGCAAGAGGCUCCUAAAACUCCACCUCACAUUAUAUUGCACUACUGCACAUUUAAGACCACUUGGGACUGGGUCAUCCUCAUCCUCACCUUCUACACGGCCAUCAUGGUGCCCUACAAUGUGUCCUUUAAGACCAAACAGAACAACCUGGUGUGGCUGGUAAUGGACAGCGUGGUGGAUGUCAUCUUCUUAGUGGAUAUUGUGUUGAACUUUCAUACAACUUUUGUAGGACCUGGAGGAGAGGUCAUAUCUGACCCAAAGCUCAUACGCAUGAACUACUUGAAGACAUGGUUUGUCAUAGACCUGCUGUCUUGCCUGCCCUAUGACAUCAUCAACGCCUUUGAAAACGUGGAUGAGGAUCCCAUUGCAGACUCUUCUGCAGUGGGCCACUUGCCAGCUGCGGCCCACUCUCCACGCAACGCCACACGUGCGGAGGACUCGGUGUUGCCUGGUCUCAGCAGCCUGUUCAGCUCCUUGAAAGUGGUGCGUUUGCUCCGUCUGGGUCGUGUGGCACGCAAACUGGACCAUUAUCUGGAAUACGGUGCUGCUGUGUUAGUUUUAUUGGUGUGUGUCUUUGGUCUGGUGGCACACUGGCUGGCCUGCAUCUGGUACAGCAUUGGUGAUUACGAGGUCAUAGACAAGGCCACCAACAGCAUCAAGACGGACAGCUGGCUUUAUCAGUUAGCUAUCAGCAUUGGCACACCAUACCGCUACAAUGUCAGCGGCUCUGGCCAGUGGGAAGAUGGUCCCAGUAAGCACACGCUCUACAUAUCAUCUCUCUAUUUCACCAUGACAAGUCUCACCACCAUUGGCUUUGGGAACAUUGCACCCACUACAGACGGGGAGAAGAUCUUCUCGGUGGCCAUGAUGAUGGUGGGCUCUCUUCUGUACGCCACCAUCUUUGGAAACGUGACCACCAUCUUUCAGCAGAUGUACACGAACACUAACCGCUACCAUGAGAUGCUGAACAAUGUGAGAGACUUUCUGAAGCUCUAUCAGGUGCCUAAAGGACUGAGCGAGAGAGUUAUGGAUUACAUUGUGUCUACAUGGGCCAUGACCAAAGGCAUAGACACAGAGAAGGUUCUGUCAAUCUGUCCUAAGGACAUGCGUGCAGACAUCUGUGUGCACCUCAACCACCAGGUGUUCAACGAGCACCCUGCCUUCCGGCUGGCCAGUGACGGCUGUCUGCGCUCUUUGGCGGUGGAGUUCCAGACCACACACUGCGCUCCAGGAGAUCUCAUCUUCCACGCAGGAGAAAGCGUGGACACUCUUUGCUUCGUGGUUUCUGGAUCGCUGGAGGUCAUUCAGGAUGAUGAGGUUAUUGCCAUUUUAGGUAAGGGUGAUGUGUUUGGUGACGUGUUCUGGAAGGAAUCCACACUGGCUCAUGCCUGUGCUAACGUGAGGGCUCUGACGUACUGCGACCUGCAUGUCAUCAGGAGGGAUGCAUUACUCAGAGUGCUGGAGUUCUACACAGCCUUCGCCAACUCCUUCUCCCGAAACCUCAUCCUCACCUGCAACCUCCGCAAGCGGAUUGUCUUCCGCAAGAUUGUCGAUGUGAAGAAGGAAGAAGAGGAGAGGAGACACCAGAAAAAUGAGGUGACGUUGUCAAUCCCCGUAGACCAUCCUGUCCGCAAGCUCUUCCAAAAGUUCAAGCAACAGAAAGAGAUGCGUUCAUCCCAGCAUGACCUGGAGAGGAACCAGUUUCAGGUGGAACACCACCUCCAUCCACUGUCCCACCAGAUUCAUCAGCAGCAAUAUCAGCCCCAGUACCAAGGCCACCACCCUCUUCAACACCAGCACGUGGCCCCAAUGCAAAAUGGGGCCCCUGGUUCGGGAAACGGGAACAGUGGUUCUAGCGUUGUGACCGUCUCACAAAUAACCCCAAUCCAGAGCGCCCUAACCUAUGUUCAGACUGAGGAUCCGAACAGGAGUGAAAGCCAUGAGACUAUGGAGCUCAAGCCCAGCUUUGGCAUAGAGGGCUCAAAUUGUCUAAAGGUAACAAGUCCAGUUAGACCAAGAGGAGGAGCAGGAAGAGGCUGGAUGCGUUUUCAUAACAUUGCAUCAGGAUCAUCUCCUACGCUUCAGCUGGAACUAGAGAAGCAGCCACAGCAGAAGGAAGAAGAAUGGGGGGAUGUAUCCCAGGCACUAAAUGUGAUCUCCCAUGAUGGGAUGAGCCAGGAAGCAGAGGGUGGGCACUCUAACGAAGGGGGUCCCAGUGGAAACGGUUACAAUAGUGGUGAAACUGAUGAGAAUAAUGCCCUACACAAGACUGACUCUUGCGACAGCGGAAUCACAAAAAGUGACUUGCGUAUUGACUGGGUUGGUGAUUCACGGAGCCCAUACGACAGAUGCUCAAUGGAAAGGAGCCCGUACGAACAGCCCAGCCCUGGAGUGGGCCUCCGGGGGAUUCACUUUCAGCCUGUCCCUGAACAGACUGUGCUUCAAAACAGUCUGCACGAGGCCAAGCUGGAACUAAAAGGUGACAUUCAGACAUUAAAUAGCCGGCUAGCGGCUCUGGAGGACCAGGUGGGGGAGAUUCUGAGACUUCUCUCCGAGAAGAGGAAACCUUCCCCACCUCCUCAGGCCUCCUCGCCAAAAACCACACUUCAGUGCCAGGACAUCUUUGCCGUUUCUCAGCCUGUCACUCCAGAAACGGAAGGGGACAAAGGACCCCUUUGAGUUAGGAUAAAUAUAUUUAGAUAUUGAUAUGCUGUUUUUAUCUCUUCCCUUCCUCACACUCAGGAAGGAAAGGUGAAUACUGAUGAUUAGAGGAAGGAUACUUGCUGUUGUAAAUAUAUACUUGCAUGUCCAGCUGGAAUCUGGCCUGCCAAUGAAGUCUUCUCUAUGGAUAGUAGGUGCUUGUACACAUACGGAGUCGGCUGCAUGCAGAGAUGAUUUUAUUCUGACCUUGCACAUGGGAUCUUCUAAACAGGUGAUAUUUCAGGGCAUUUUUUGUUUGAGCGACAGCUUGAUGCCCCAGCCAUCGGUCAUUCUUCAUAGUGAAAUAGCUUUUAAUAGCUACAAUUAUUUUAAUGGGAUAGUUACUCAAAAAAUUUAUAUUCUGUCAUCAUUUACUAAUGUCGUUCCAAACCCACAUGACUUACUUUCCUCUGUAGAGCACAAAUAUAUACUGAUAAAUGUAUUACCUGUUUUUGUCCAUACAGUGACAGACAGUGGGAUCCAACAUAGCAUUAGACCCUAUAAAUUCCAUUGUAUGGACAAAAAACCACCAAGAUUUUUUCAAGAUUUUGUAUUCAACAUAAAGAAAGCUGACUCAAUGAUGACAGAAUUUUCAUUUUUAGGUGAACUAUCCCUUUAACACAGUUUGCUCAAAUAUUACGUCCCGCUCCAGUAUGCAGUUCUCUUUUAUGAGCAUAAUGAUUGGAAGUUUGCAAGAUUGUUUGCUAGAUGAUUUCUUGGAUGUGAUUAAGGAUAUAAUCCAAUAACUAAACUCAUUUUUGAUAUUCAAAACCCAUUUCAUUACCAACACUGUUUCAAAUUCCAUUAUCAUUAUCGCCUUUUCUGUAUUUAUUUUGUGGAACGUUGUGAUAGAUAAGAGAGAAAUGGCCCAAUUUUGAGGGGCAGUUUUACAUAUUUAAGAGAGGUAUAUCUGCAUGCUGGAUGAUGGAUUUAGCUCUGGCAUGGUAGGACUAGGGACUAAUUGUUUUUCCCUUAUCAAUUAUGCAAACAUACAAAGUGCAAGUCACAAAGAGAGGCCUGCAUUUUGGGAAAGCAUGAACACAUUCAGGUCAUUUGGAAAUUAUACAAGCAUGCACUGAAUUCUUUGCAUGACAUCAACAUUGUGUGUUACAUAUGAAAGGUCAUGUAUUCCUAUUAUUGUUUCCCAAGAGAAAUUCUCAACAUAUAUUACCCACUUUUAAUUUCAUUCCCGAUGCAUAUUUCAAAAACCUUUACAUUUUAAUCCAGCACCCAAACUAAAGCCACAUUAAACUGCCUACUAAAGUAUUGGUUUUGAAUAAACCUUUCAGUUGGUCAUUUGAAAGUAGGGAUCUUUCUAAAUAUUAUGUUAUUAUAUCUACUGGCGGUGACUCACUGCUUAUCAGCAUACUCAUGGGUGCUUUUAUACGGUUUAUAGCGUAAUGACUAAUGCCCCCUUCACCUCUUAUUUCCCAUCAGUUCUAUUGUAUGUUAUUAGUCAAUUCUGGUGAUGUUCAUACCAAACACAGGGGAUGUUGAAUUGUUACUGGGGUUCAGAAGAGAGACUUUUAUGAUUAAUACAACAACAACAACAACAGGAGUGUGGUUGUUUCAGUUUUCCUGUUAUUGCAUAUAGAUCCUUUAACAUAAAAAUUUUCUAUCAAAAAGCAAUCCAUAAACAAGCAACAGUACUUCAAAGCAAUAGCCUUUUAUCAUAUAUCCCUCCACUUAUUCCCUAAUUUGGUUCCCUCUUUGAUAAGCACAUGCUAAUCACUGUAAGUGCUCGGAUAAUAAUAUUAGUUCACUACUAAUUGUUAGGUUUAAUCAUCGUUUCUGAGUUUAUGAUGUUCACUGGGACCAAAGACAUUAGUUAUUUUGUACUAAUCGCAUUAUAUCUGUGUUCUGCUCAAAUUCUCAAUCCAAUUAUUAGGUGUUACCAGUGGAUGGUGAUAAAAACCUUACUGGGUUUUCUGUUUUGCUACUUAAGCAAAAUAAACAUAAGAAAGAUUACAGUUUUUAAAGAAAUAAGGGCAUAAUAUUUCCAAACCCCAUGAUUUCAUAUUGAGAAUUGUUUUGUAAACGAAAUAGUUCACUAAAAAAAAAUGAAAAUUCUGUCAUCAUUUACUCACCAUGUCAUUCCAAACCUGCAUCUUUCUUCAAUGUAAGACAAAAUGAGAAAGGUUGAUGUUGUACUGGCAAAUUUUGUGAUAACUUUGUUUUAUGUUGACAGUUUGGAUUCACAUUAACUGCAAUUAUAUGGCAAAGAGCGGCCAGUAUGUUCUUUAACAUAUCACCUUUUGUGUUACAAGUCAUAUAGGUUUAAUAUAUGAGUUUAAAAUGAGAGUAAAUAAAUAAUGACAGAAUUUUCAUCUUUGGCUGGACUGUCCCUUUUAAGCUGACAUAACAUUUUUGAAUCAUGAAAAUAAUAAUAGUAAUAAUAUCCUUUUAAAAUAACACACUUGGAGGAUCAUAUAAAAUAAAACACUCUCGAUUAUAUAUCUCAAUUUUUUCAUUCACUGAUUUCAGUGUCCUGUGCUCCUUCAUUCUGUUUGAGUUAUUUUUCCUGUCAUUCAGCCCAGUGGAGAGGAGCAUAGACAGUGAAAGGAUUAUUCUUUGAGUCUCCCAUGAAAUUAAAGAUAUUGAUAUAAUAGAUGCUUAAAGCUGUAAAAGUGUGGCAGACGACGUGAGUCUCGGUAAUGGAAUGGAGCUGACUCGCUGCGUGGACCCCAGGUUGCCUGUUUCAAGGAUUACACACAGUUUUCAGAAAGCUAUAAGGGUAUUCAGCUCCAUUGGGUAUUGAAACUUUUCAGAGUGGGGAGGGUUUGAAAUGACGUGCCUCAUCCUUACAAAUGCUGGAGCCGACGGUGAGCACUAUGGGCCUAGUGAGGCGUUGGACUUAGCAUCUGACUGCAUGCUGCAUUUUUGAACUGUAUAAAACUUAAUGCCAAUGAGAAUGAUAUUUGCCUGCCAAAGCAGUUUUGCUGCAACUUUUCUUGCACACACACACAAAAGGGCAGAGGCCUGGGCACUAAACAUUUCCUCUGUCUAUCAAUAUAUGCUGGCCAUUGCACCACAAUCAGCAAAUGUAACUGACAUUAAGUCUCCAGUCUCUAUAAAAAGGGGGAAAAAGAUAAAACCAAAAUGUGGGAUGUUAAAAUCAAACCGCACCCAUAAUAAUUAAUGGAUUUAAAUAAAAUUAAUUUAAUGCAAUUUUUGAUCUAUGAUAGUUUAUUUAAUGACACAGAUAUUGAUUGUCUGUCAGCAAAUAUUAGCUACCGUGCCUUUACAAAGGAUCCAUGCUGUUGGAAAUUUUCUUGUGUUGUUUUACAACAUUAAACCUCACAUAGAUAUAUUUUGAAUUAUCAGUUUAUUGCCAGUUUGGAUUAUCAGUCAUGUGCCAUUUCUAACAGUGGCUUCUCUUUGUCACUCUCCCAUAAAGCUGUGACUAAAGCUUUUCCAUUUCUUAAUUACAGAUUUAACUCCAAGAGAUAUUCAGUGUAUCUUCUCACAUCCAUUUCUCCUGGCUUGUAUGUUUCUGUUACUCUUUUCAGAGUUGCUUGUAGUGUUAGUUUUUCCUCAUGGUUUAUUUUCUGCCGCAGUUCUGACUCACCAAAUCUUGGACCUCACAGAUAGAGGUAUUUAUAAUCAUCAGACACUACACACAACUCCGUUUAACUAUUUAUUUUACAUUAUGACUACAAACCAAUUGGCUGUACCAGUGAUAAUUUUGGUAAGUCACAUAUAAGGAUAAAAACUUAUGAUUCUGGAUGAUCAUUUUCUCUUUCUGUUGAUCAGUGUUAAAAAGCCAAAUUAAGUUGAUGUGAUUCAGUGCUGUACAACAAUAAAACAUGAAAAAAAGAGUGAAUAUUUUAUAGGCACUGUAAAGUUUAAGAUUAUACAUUGACCUUAACUGUCAGGAGAACCUUGUUUUUGAAUAAAGGCUGUUGAGGUUAUAGGUAACGUCUAACUGGACAGAAAUAGAUGUCAGAUAAACCAUCAUUUCAAGCUGAUCUGCAGUUCAGAGGGACUGGAGGGAGGGUCAGUUUUCUCUUUCUUUCAGACCUGCAUGUUUUCAGAUAUCGCCAAAAUUUAUUUGCUCUCAUCUGUUCUCAUGCUGAAGUGCUGCCCAGGCUCCUCUUACCCUUUUGGAAGCAGUGACCACUGAGUUUAUUAAGCUCCUUUUUUCACUGUAAAUGAGACUGCCUUUUUAUCAGUGUAAAAAAUAUUAUGAUAAUAUUUCUGAGGGAGGUGGGGAAAAGUGUUUAUUUUUACCAC